AUGGCUGCUGUCCAGCAGUUGCUGGCGAGCCCAUCGCCCGCUCCAGCGCCAGUAUCGUCACAGCGCAUCAGCGACACCUCAGCCUCAGCCUCAGCCUCUGCCGACAUGGAGCUUGACAGCACCAGCAAUGACCCGGUUAUGAUUGACAGCGGGCUGAUGAAGGGUGCGCCACAAACGGGGGAUUCCCGAAUAGCUGUCAUUGUGUAUGGGCAGGGACAAGAAGAUGUUGUGUCGGUGUUCGCAGAGGUGCUGGGCAAACCGGUUAAAUUGAAGCGACGAUUCAAGGACGUCGACCACGAGGAUGAAGGUUUCGUGAUUGGCCUUGCUCUGCAGGAGGCCAAGCAGGAUGUGGAGGAUCGGGACCAACGGCUGCUCGUAGCCAUCAAUGCUCACUGCGUCAACCUAGGAAUGCCUCCGGACCUGCAUCUGUCGAUCCACUGCGACUAUGAGUUUCUCUACACCGAAACCCCCUUUUGCAGACGCGACCUCGCUCGAUUCGUCUCAUUCACGCUCGGCCAGACCAGCCCGCACAGCCAAUUGAUGGCCAAGCCGAGGACGUUUUUCAUUUCCACCACGUUUCCCGAUGUCCACGCGGCUCUUCCCAACUUGGACAUUCUCACGGUAGGAGCUGAUGCGGUUGAGAUCCGCGUGGACCUUUUGCGCGAACCCCGGGGCGACGGGGCCUUUUCUGAUAUCCCAAGCCUGAGUUAUGUCGGGCAGCAGGUCAUGCUGCUGCGGCAGAGAACCGAGCUGCCCAUCAUCUUCACCACUAGAUGCACCAGGGAGAAUGGAAAGUUUCCCAUGGACAAUCCCGAUCUAUACUAUGAAUAUCUAUUCCGAGCGGUCCAGUGGGGAGUAGAGUACAUCGACGUCGAGCUGUGGCUGCCGGAGCACAUUCGAAAGAAGCUGUACGAAAAGAGAGGCAACUCUCGCAUCAUGUCUGCCUUUCACGACUUCUCAGGCACCUUCAAAUGGCCGUCCCAAUACGCACAGGACGUCUUUGUAAAGUCCAGGCAGUACGCCGACAUUGUCAAGAUGAUUGCGAUCAUCAACGAUCACAACGAAAACUUUGAGCUCGAGUACUUUCGCUCCAAGAUACGGGCACAGUAUCCAGAUGCGCCACCGCUGUCGGCUGUCAACAUGGGCGAGAUUGGUCAGUUUUCGCGAACGCUCAACACGGUCUUUUCGCCCAUCACUCACCCUCUCCUGCCCAUCAUCGCCGCCCCUGGCCAGAUGAGCACGGCCGAGAUCAACGGCGCCCUGGCAUUGCUAGGCCAGCUCCCAAAGAAGUACUUUUACGGCAUCAGCAGCGCUGCUGCUCGAAGCAUCGCGCCGAGAGCGCCUUUUUACGAGAAGUGCUUCAACGAGUUGGGAUUGCCGCAUCAGUUCGCCGUGGUGGAGCGCCAGCACAAUAACCCGGCAGGCAUUCAAUCGUGGUGCAACCAGAGGGACUUUGGAGGUGCCUAUCUCGACCCGGGGCUGUCAUACCAGACCAUCCUGAAGCACAACCCGUGGUUCUCGACCCUGAACAACGGCCAAGGCCCAACACUGUCCGAGGCGGCCCGGGGGAUCGGUAUCAUCGACACAAUUGUUGUGAAGCCCUCAGGGUCAGGAUCAGGAUCGAACUCGACACCACCGUCUCAAUAUGGCGGCACUAUGCCACCCGGAGGACAGCCGGGUCUCGCCCCCAACACGUCAUUGAUCUUCGACAAUGCCAGCUGGAGAGGCAUCCUGUCCACACUGACCCGCGAUCUAGCCCCCUCUGCUUAUUUCGGCCGAACCGCGGUGGUGCUGGCUUUGACGGCCGACGACGCUGCGCCCGUCUUCUUCGCCUUGAAGGCGCUCAAAAUGUCAAAGAUAUACACAGUCGGAUUCAGGACACCAUCCGGACUGGCCCGCAACGCUCCUCCGAUCGAACAGUUUAUCAGCAUGGAGAGCCUUCAACGAGCCCGGUCCGUGGCGGACAACCGAGCGCCCUUUGUCAUCAUCUCAGCACUGGGCCGGGGUAAGAGCAACAUUGUCGGCAUGAUGCUGCGAGUCUUUGGAGAGGCCGGCCCCCCUGGAUCGUCGAACACGAAGAAGGUCUUUUUGAACCUUGCCGAGGCGGCAUCGCAGCAGAAGAACGAUCCCGUAGUAGUCGCGGAACAGAGCGGGUUCACCGCAUAUGACGCUGCAGACGUUGCGGCCUUUACAACGGUCGAGAGCCUACGGCUGCUAGUCGGGCAAAACGUACCGUACAGCUUCGUCCGGCUGGCAAGCGGACGAAAUUUAUUCUGA